GCUCUUCAUCGCAAAAGUUACCUUUAUUCAACCGUGAUACCUCCUUACAGCUGAUACCAAGGACUAGGUCUUGCGAGGAGACGAAGUCGUGGGCAUAGUAAAGAUGCUUACUUCUGAAUUCCUGCAGCACGGCCUUUCAUGUAGGCAUCAAUCAGGAACGAAAUUGAUAUGCAGCAAGACUUGCACAAAACGCCUGCAAUUUAGCGGGAGCUGCAAGCGUACCCCGGUUCCAAGGGCUGAGGGGACCUCAGGUGAUGGAGAUGCAGCUCCAGCGCUGGCAUCGAAGCCAGCCCUUGCCCGCCCACCACCACGUCCGAAGCCUCAAGAAACUCCUCAAUUUGGUCGAUUGGACACAAGGACCAGGCGGAGGGAUCCUGGGACGCAAGAAGGCCAAGACAGAAGAGGACAGAUGAGCAGGGAGCGCUUUGCAGAGGGCAGGAACGGUUAUGACAACAGCAAUGGCAGCGGGCCCCAGCGCAGAACGUCCCAAGCCUACACCAAUGGCGCAGCGCCCCCCUCCAGCAACAGGCCUCCCACCUACCCAAGGCCGCCGAGAGAGGACAGGAGUGACGCCGAUGCGCCCGAUGCAACGGAGAGGCCACCACCGCGUCCCAGCACAUUUUCGGCUGAUGGUGAGGAAUCAGCGCCGCAGGGCAGCAGCAGCAAUGUACUGCAGCCCCCCGCUCGGGCAGGCUCCGAGGAGGAUGCCAGCACCAGUGGCAGCGCGGAUUUUGCUCCACCAGCCGCUCCAGCUCCAGUGCCUGUCCUGGCAGCGGCUCCCAGGAGACCUUCACCUCGCCAAGUCACACCUGCUCCCAAGUUCCGUCCUCCCGACAUGCAGACCUUUGGGGGCCGCCGGGGGCAGACAGACGCUGGCAACAACAUGGCCCAGCCAUACCGCCCGCCGCCGCCCAGCGGCCCGGGCGGCUUUGUGCGCGACACCGGCUUUGGCAGACCUUCUGGCAGGCAAGGGGGCCCCGGGGAGAGGCAGGACGGGUUCAGGGGGAGGCGCCAGAUGCAGGAGCGGUCGAAGCAGGACCCGACGGCGCGCCGCAGCAGCCGCGCGCAGCGGCGCAUGGAGCGCGCAGAUGCGCGGGCGGCCGCGGCGCCGGUGCGCGAGGAGAUCUUUGAGCUGGGAGACGAGGGCAUGAGCGUGGCGGAGGUCGCCCUGCGACUGGCGGUGUCUACCGCGGAGGUCGUCAAGACGCUCUUCAUGCAGGGCAUCAUGGUGCAGGUCAACCAGGUGCUGGACAAGGCGACGGUGAAGAUGGUGGCGGAGGCGUUUGAGGUGGAGGUGCUGGACAAGGAGGAGGAGGGCGUGGACUUCAUGGCGCGCAAGACCGUGGACUACACCGAGGACGAGGACGAGGAGUCCCUGCUGCCGCGCGCGCCCAUCGUCACCGUCAUGGGCCACGUCGACCACGGCAAGACGUCGCUGCUGGACCACAUCCGCAAGACGCGCGUGGCGGUGGGCGAGGCUGGCGGCAUCACGCAGGCCAUCGGCGCCUACACCGUUGACGUGCCCACGGCCGACGGGCCCAAACAGAUCACAUUCCUCGACACCCCCGGCCACGAGGCAUUCAGCGCGAUGAGGGCGCGCGGCACGCGGGUGACGGACAUCGCGAUCGUUGUUGUGGCGGCGGAUGACGGCGUUCGGCCGCAGACGAUCGAGGCCAUCUCCCACGCAAAGGCUGCCGGCGUGCCCAUCCUCGUCGCCAUCAACAAGAUUGACAAGGAGGGCGCGAAUGUGGAGCGGGUGAAGCAGGGGCUGAGCGAGGCGGGCUUGCUGCCUGAGGAGUGGGGCGGCCAGACCCCCAUGGUGGCGAUAAGUGCAAAGAAGGGGGACGGUGUGGACGGGCUGCUGGAGACGGUGCUGCUGAUGGCGGAGGUUGAGGAGCUGGUGGCCAACCCGGACCGCCUCGCGCGCGGCACCGUCAUCGAGUCCCACCUCGACAAGCGCACCGGCCCCGUCGCCACCGUCCUCGUUGCGGCCGGCACGCUGCGCAACGGCGACGUCGUGCAGGCCGGCUCCACCUACGGCAAGGUGCGGUCCCUGAGGGAGAGCAGCGGCGACGUGACGGAGGCGGGUCCCUCCAUCGCGGUGCAGAUGGUCGGCCUCAACGGCGUGCCCACCGCCGGAGACGAGUUUGCCGUCUGCGCCAGUGAGCAGGAGGCGCGGAAGCAGGCGGAGGCGAUAGAGAUAGGGAUGCGAAUGGACCGUCUGGCGCAGCAGAUGGGCGACAGCAUGGUGACCACCAACACGCUCGCCUCCAUGGACGAGGACGACGAAACAGCUCUCAAACGCCUUAACCUCAUCCUUAAGGCGGAUGCAACUGGAGCACUGGAGGCAGUGAAGGCGGCGGUGGGCGUGCUCCCCCAGGACCGUGUGUCGCCGCGUUUCCUGCUGGCCGCCGCGUCUGACAUCUCAGCCUCGGACGUGGACCUGGCCUUUGCCUCGGGCGCCCUCAUCCUGGGCUUCAACAUCGAGCCCUCCGAGUCUGUCCAGGCCGCGGCCAAGCAAUAUGGGGUGGAUGUGCGGUCGUACAGGGUGAUAUACGACAUGGUGGACGAUCUCCGGGCGCUGAUGGAGGGCAAGCUGGCGCCCACAGAGGAGCGGCUGCCGCAGGGGUCGGCAGAGGUGCGUGCCGUGUUUGGGUCGGGCUCGCGCGUCGUCGCCGGCUGCAUGGUCACCGACGGCUCCAUCCGCAAGGGCUCCCUCGCCGUGGUGAAGCGCGGCAAGAAGACGGUGCACGAGGGCAAGGUGGCCUCGCUGCGGCGCGUGAAGGAUGAUGUGAAAGAGGUGUCGGCCGGGCUGGAGUGCGGUGUUGGCGUGGAGAACUUCACCAACUUCAAGGAGGGCGACACCCUGGAGCUCUUCGAGGUCAAGAUCAAGCAGCAGACCCUGGAGGAGGCCCGGCUUGUCACUGCGCCUGCAGCCGAGCCCGUCGCUGCUUAA